AUGUUUGCCUUUUGGAGCUUGGCACUUGUACUGCUCGAUGCAACAGCAGGUGAGAUCCAAUUGUUACUUUGAAUGUGGCAUUGCAUGAUCCCCAAACUAAUGUUGGUUUGCAGCAAUGUGCCUCUGAGAUACGGUGCGUCAGGGAAAGGGAGCUGAGCAGUGUGAGACACAUCCCAGUAAGUCUGCUGAAGGAUGCCAAAGUGAAGUAAUACUGUAGUAAGAGAGACUGAGUUCUUCCUUACUGCAGAUGGAGAGAUGGUGAGAGGGAAAUUAAGGUGCAAGUUAGUGUUGGGAUUUAGAUCCUAAUUAUGUAUUAUUAGGAAUGGGAGAGAAAUUUGAUUUAGUUCACAUUUAAAGGUGAACCUCCCUAAUCUGGAUUUUCUGAAACAAUACGCAAACUGAGAGCCUAUGAGAAGGCUGUGAAUGCUGUUAAGAAGUCUUAUUUCUCAGCUUCCAUUUCAUCUGCUAGCUCUCGCCCAGCACAACUUUUCAGAAUAAUUAGGUCUUUAACGCCCCCAGUGGGACAGCCAAAUUUAAAUACGAAUUUGACCCAUAGCUGUGAGGCAUUCGCGAGCUUUUUUGUGGAGAAGGUCCUGCUGCUCCGCCAUGACCUCUCUGCCAAUUUAGAUACAGCAGUAGAACUGGAGGCCCCUUGACUGUCCUUGGGUCCAGUAUUGGACCAUUUCGACUGGAUACUCCCUGCUGAUGUGGACAGAUUCCUCCAAGCUGGAAGGCCUACCACUUGCCUCCUCGACCUGUGCCCAUCUUAGCUGAUUAGAGCGUGCCCAGACGAGGUGUGGGUCCCCUUGGGUGAGAUCAUCAACUUGUCCCUUGGCACAAGGGCAUUCCCAGGGGAGCUGAAGGAAGCAGUGGUGUGUCCGCUCUUAAAUAAAACAUCAUUAGAUCCUUUAGAUCUAUCCAAUUACUGCCCAGUUUUGAAUCUUUCAUACCUGGGUAAGGUAAUUGAGAGAGCGGUUGCUGAACAGCUUGGUAGGUUUCUGGAGGAAACAUUGGCUUUGGAUCCAUUCUAGUCCGGCUUUUGCCCUGGUUAUGGGACCGAGAUGGCUCUGGUCGCCCUAACAGAUGAUCUCCGUAGACAACUGGACUGAGGUGGGUCGGGACGGCCUUCGGCAUGGUUGAUCAUGAACUUUUGGACCACUGCCUUGCCGACGUGGGGAUUCAGGGCACAGUCCGACAAUGGCUGUGUUCCUUUAUCUCAGGUCAGGGACAGAGGGUGGUGCUAGGGAAGGAGAUGUUGUCGCAGCACCGCUUGGUGUGUGGAGUGCUGCAGGGCGCAAUCCUUUCCCCAAUGUUUUUUAACAUCUUUAUGUGCCCCCUUGCCCAGAUUGUCCAGAGUUUUGGGCUGGGUUGUCAUCAAUAUGCUGAUGACACCCAGCUCUAUCUGUUGAUGGAUGGCCAUUCUGAGUCGGCCUCGGACACACUGACCAGAUGUCUGGAAGCUGUGGCUGGAUGGCUGUGUGGGAGCCGGUUGAAGUUAAACCCUUUGAAGACAGAGGACCUCUGGUGGGUCGGGACGGCAUGGGGUUGGGGGGACAACUCCCAUCUCUUGCGGGGGCUCAACUUGUGCCAGUGCCUUCUGUCAAGAGUUUGGGUGAAACCUUCGACGCCUCCCUCUCCAUGGAGGUGCAGGUUGCAGCUACUGCAAAGGCAGUAUUUUUCCAUCUCUGCCAUAUCAUUUUUUUUUAAGAAUAAUUUUUUAUUAACCGACCAAUCACAUCAAAUCAAACCAAAUUACAUAAAUUCCAAAUUACACAGCCGAAUUUUAAAUUUUUGUUGAGGGUACCCAUAUUUCAAGUUCCGAAGGGAUCCAAUCAACUUCUUGCUUCUUACUGCUGUUUUAAUGUCCACAAAUCUAACCUUAUGAUGUUAACAGUACUAUCCAGUCCUUUCUUAUUAUUUUUCCACAUCUCUUGUGGUUAUUUUCAUAUAUUUUUCCUUUCUCUUUGUGACCUCUGAUAGUCUCCGCAAGCUGGUUAGAACAGUUUGUAAUCCUGCGUGGAUUUUUUUUUUUUUUAUCCAGUAGCCAUAUCCAGACGUUUUCCAUAUAACAUCACUUCCAUACAUCAAAACAGUCUUAGCGUCAUUAAUCUUCACCAAUCUGCCUCCUUUCUCAAAACCUCUGAGGAGAUUCACUAGGAAUGCAGUCUGAAAACAAGUCCGUUCUUCCUCCCGGCUAUAAAUCCUUUAGCAAGAUGGUGACUCCGAAUUAAUUGCUGCGCCAUUCCCAAAAGCUCUUAUUGCUUCUCGGUCUCCAUAAAGCAUACUUUUGGUUAAAGUUUAUCUCCACACAGACCUUAAUCAUCCUGCUUGGGUCAGUUCAAGCGACAAUUCUAAUGAGGAGGGGUUCUUGUAAAUCACAUAGAAGGAAAGUAAAAAAGGUCCCCCCCCCAUUCAGCCCCGUUGUCAACAUACCCCGCCUUUGGUGUAUCUUCAUCGUAAAAUAUUCCUGUUUCUCCAGCCCGUCGUCUUCUUUCGCAGAGGUCACUUAAAUUAGCAGACUUCACUCCCCUUCUUCACUUGAAAUAUGUGCAUUUGCUUCUUUUGUAAUUAAUUAUUCCAAAUUGCUGCAACUAGUGUGCGAUCAGAGACAGCGUCCAGGAGAGCCGAGGUCCACACGGGGGCAUUCUGCCUAGGGCCCUCACCCCCUUCUUUCGAAUUAGGGGGUGAUUUAUGGGCACAGCAGGCAAGGGCAUUGUUCCCCAUUUCCUUGGGGCAACAAGGGAGGCUGCCUACUUCCAUAACAGCCUCUUAAUUACCCCGUGUGGGUCGGAGAGAUGGUAUUGUCGGCCGUCUUCCAAUGCACCCCCUUGUGGCCCCCCAUCUCUGCCAUAUCAAACAGUUGGUCCCUUACCUUUCCCGCCCUGAUCUGGCCACAGUGAUCCAUGCGACGGUCACCUCCAGGCUUGACUACUGUAACUCGCUCUACACUGGGCUGCCCUUGAAGUUGUCCCAGAAACUCCAGCGGGUGCAGAAUGCCGCGGUGAGGCUCCUCACAGGGUCCUUGACGCGGGACCACAUUCACCCAGUGAUUUUCCAGCUGCACUGGCUCCCGGUGGAGGACAGGGUCAGGUUUAAGGUGCUGGUUUUGACCUUUAAAGCCCUUUGUGGCCUAGGACCCUCAUACCUAUGGGACCGCCUCUCCUGGUAUGCCCCACGGAGGACCUUAAGGUCCAUAAAUAGCAACACUCUAGAGGUUCCGGCCCCUAAGGAAUUCAGAUUAGCCUCAACCAGGGCCAGGGCCUUUUCAACAUUGAAAUGAGGCUGCAUUUGAAGUUGUAUUUUAAUCCUGUUUUUAAGUUGCAUUUUAAUCAAUUGUUUUUAUACCUGAUGUUAGCCGCCCUUGGCCGGGGAGGGCGGAGUAUAAAUAAAAAUUAUUAUUGUUAUUAUUAUUAUUAUUAUUAAACUGUAACACAAUCAUCCUUCAAAAUUCACGUCUCCAAAUUUUGAAAUGCAGUUGUUCAGCUAAGUGAUGUGUACAAAAAUGCAUAUACUAGGGUAAAGUAUGAAAGGCAUUUGUUAUUGAAAUUAACACAUCAAAGUGCAGUAUAUUAAGGAAAACGGCUUUACAAAAAUGUUUGCAUUGGCCAAAUUACAUAAAAGUGUGUAUUUUUGGAGAAAUUUAUGCUAAAUGCUGAUGAAUUUUAAUUUUAAAGAUUGAAAUUUAAGAUUGAAAAACUGAAAACAGAAAGAAACCAAAAUGGAAAGAUGAACCUAUCUAAACAUUUUAUUCACAAACCAAUUGCUCCGUUAACACGUACAAGUCCUUCUGCAUUAUAUUGUGCCACUAUUCUGAACAUGAGACAAUUGCUGGAAGCAGUCUUAAAUAACUGUCUUAUUUCACAUGAGCUUGCCUGAACAUCAAAAAAAGGACAGACUGUGAAUUCUUUUAGUACUUUGGUCACUCACGCUUUGGUUAUUUGCUCCCCAUAUAACAGGAAAAGAAGUCUGCUAUGACCGACUGGGCUGCUUUUCAGAUGAUAUACCAUGGGCUGGAACUGUACAACGACCAAUUGCAAAGUUACCUUGGUCCCCAACAAGAAUAAACACUCGCUUCCUUCUCUACACAAAGCAGAACCCUAAUAACUUCCAAGUAAGGCCCACAACCAUGUAAAAUUUCAAGAUUUCCCCAUACACAGAAUAAAAGGGGAUAAUACUUUAAGGGCACUUCCAGGCUUGCUAUUUUCAGGUAGGAUUCAAUCACAUAUGGGCAAAUUCAGGUGGCACAAUUAUAGUUGACUGGGAGGUCUUGCCCUGCAGACCCACUUCUCCCAAAGUAUCAGAUUUUUUUUGCAAUAAGGAAAGUGGCAGAAAAAUGUACUGGAAAGUGUUGAACAAUGUUGUCUAACAUCCCUACAUUCAGAUCUUAAUGAAUGCCUAUUAAAUGGCCAACACCAUCUAAUCUCACUGCAAACAAAUCAGGAUGAGUGCUCAAAAAGCAGGUCAUCUGGAGGUGGCCUCAGAGAAACACCUCUGUGAAACAUAUAGAAAUUCACAGACAGUGUGGGUGAAUUAAAACACAUCUCAAUCAUUAUGGAUGGUGUUUGGUACUUUCACUCAGUUUUAGGUGAGUUGGGAGAAGCAGUUAAAGUUUAUAUUCUUUCAUACCUUUCACAGGAAAUCACUGCAAUUAAUCCAGAAACGAUUGAUUAUUCAAACUUUAAUGCCGGCAAGAUAACUCGCUUCAUUACCCAUGGAUUUGUAGAUCAAGGUGAAGAAAACUGGCUGUCAGACAUGUGCAAGGUACAGUACAAUGUAAUGUUCAUGAAAUAGCUCUGAAAUACAUUCAUAUCCAGACAUAUAGCCCUCACAAUUAUCAUAGCUCUUUGCCUGUUACCAAUUUGCCAUAGGGAACAUGCAACAACAACAACAACAACCAUAAGAAUUAUGAACUUGCACUUAAUUGUGAGUUCAGAUUUUCAUUUGUCAGGAUUAACUAAAGUAUUUUCUUGGAGGGAUUUAAAGAUCAUGUCAUCCAGUACCCUAAAAUGAAGCCAGAUCUGUCGUACUCAAAUGCUUCUGAGGCUCUGAUACUUAAAAUAUGAAGUGAUUUUCCUCUUACUUGACUCACUUGCAAAACAGUUAGGCCAUGUGGGGCCUAGAAAUGCUACAGUGUGGAGUGCUCUUGUUCAGGGUUCCAGCCAGCCAACCCUGCCAUUUUCUAGGAUACUCCGUUCCAUUUCCCCUCUCUUCUCCAGUUUCCACCUCCUCAACACUCAUCAUUCGGUGAUCAUUGGACUCGGAGGGUUUGAAAAUCAGGGUUGCAUGUUGCAUCUUUUUUGUAUUGCUGGAAACCUUGGGGUUUCUACAAGUAUGCUAAUACCUCUCCCUAGUGUGUGUGUGUGUGUGUGUGUGGUGCCACUGUGGCUACUUAGGAGUAGCACUUGCCUCCAAACUUUACUAGUAUAGUGAAAAUAGAUAACACAAGGAAAUGAACGAUGAAACAUGACAAAGGUAAAAUGGCCUAAGGCAGCUGCCAGCCAAGGUGGCUACAGUAGCACAAUUCUGUGAAUAAUAGGAUAAGUGGUGCUUUAGCACAAAGAGAACAUUCAGGAUUUGUGGAGCCAGAACGCUGUCCCUCAAGUUUGUUUUUACUCUGUUUGCAUCAGAGGAUGUUUCAAGUGGAAGAUGUGAACUGCAUCUGCAUAGACUGGAGUGGUGGUUCCAGGUGUCCAUACACCCAAGCAUCGAACAAUAUCCGUGUGGUGGGAGCUGAAGUGGCCUACUUUGUAAAUGUCCUUCAGGUAAGAGCAGUUCCAUUCACUAUGCCAUAGUUAUGAAUCCUACAGUUACUGGAAGGCAUCCGUGACAAGAAAGAUUAAAUCAUUUGAUAAAACCUGGGCAAAAAACCCCACCCAAAUACUUUUCCAAGCAUUAUUUUAUACAAGAAACAAUUUAUUAUAUCAUCUGGUGGACAGAGUAAGUUUAGUGUCAAAAUUCAGUUACCAUAUUCCGGGAAGAUGUUUUGUUGGGGAGAGGAAAAGGUUGUCACUUGUAGCUAAGCCAAUAUUGAAUUUUUAGCAAGGAAGUAUAAUCCUAGUUUUCAGUUUUAAAUAUGCAUUCUUGACUACCACAAGCACUAGGGCAAGAUUUGCAAAGCCAUAUAUUAAUUAUGCACUUGAUUCAAAUUUAAUGCAGCAAUAUGCGAAGCAGUCAGACAAAAAUAGAACCCUUAAUAUAAAAUAAAUACAUAGAUAACAUACAAAUGGUUUAGAAAUGAAACAAAAUAACCAUAGUGACUUUCCCAAUGCCACCAGGCAGAAGUCCACAGCUAAGAACAAAAUUCAGAACUCCUGUGUCAAAAUCCAAAAGGUAUUAUAUCCACUGAGCUACAGACCAUCUCAAUAUAUAUUAUUUGUGCUAAGUAACAAGCACCAGUUAAGAGCUGAUGCUGCCUUCACCAAUGUUGUGGUGUCCUGCUGUUUUGGACUACAACUCCUAUCAUCCCCAGUCAAUGUACUGGCUAGGAUUGAUGAGAGUUGUGAUCAAAAACAGCUGGAGGGCACCAUAUGGAGGAAAGUUGAUCUAACCUAGCUGGCAUUUUAUUUAAAAGAUAUGAAAUCCAAAAAUAUGCUAUGUCUUUCUUCAACUCUGUAGUUUUGCAAUGUCCUUCAGCACCUUUAAGCUACCCGUAAAGUCAGUCUCCCCCCUCCCCCUCCCCCUUUCUCUCUCACACAUGGAGUGGCUCCAAGCUGAAUUCAGCUUGUAAGGAUAAAGGUUUGUGUAGAUUGAGUUACAAAGUGAAUGAACCAUAACACACAUCUACCAGUGUGUAUGCUGUUUUCUUUACAAUUGCUCUUUUUUUAGUCAAAGUAUGGAUACUCUCCAUCCAUGGUUCAUUUCAUUGGCCACAGCCUUGGGGCACAUGCAGGUGGUGAGAUGGGAAGAAGAAUACCAGGAAUUGGAAGAAUAACUGGUAGGUUGGUGCAAUGCAAAUUGGUAUCAAGACAAUCAAUAUGGACUUUGAAUCUUAUCUGCCAUGUUGUACUUAUGUAAUUAUAGUAGCUCAUUAUAUUGGGGGGGAAAGUGUUUAAUGAAUGGGAAAGUGUGAAUACACUUUGGCAUGUGUUGCUGUUGGGUGUAGCCUAGUCUACUGUAGAAUGGCAUUUGAAAGCCCAGCAAUAUAACACUGCCUUGGAGAUGCAAGGAUAGGGCAUAUUUCAGGAUCAGUGCAGCUACAGGUGUUUUACAAUCCUGCCCAGGUUCAGAUAAUUUGUCUGAGGGGAUUUCCUGGCAAAUAAUUGAAUGCAAAGUUGUUCUGAUGGGAAUCAGAAUUUUCCCAGCUCCGCUCCCAUUUCCAAUAAUAUGUUGUUAGUUGUUACUUCGGUUAAUUGUGGUUCAACAUAUUCCGUAAAUUUUCAUCUCUUGAAACAAAACAUUUAAAUAUUUAUAGGACUGGAUCCUGCUCAACCCUAUUUUCAAGGCACACCAACUGAGGUCAGACUGGAUAAAAGUCACGCUGAUUUUGUUGACAUUAUUCAUACUGAUUCAGCCCCAACCAUUCCAUACAUGGGUAAGUUGACUGCAGUAUACAACAUGUGCAAUAAUAUGCAUGCGAUCUUUCAAAUUUAACAUAUACUUAUCUGCUAUGAACUUUCCAGGGUUUGGUAUAAGUGAAGCUAUAGGACACCUUGAUUUUUAUCCAAAUGGAGGAGAAUAUAUGCCGGGAUGUAAGAAGAAUCCUAUUUCACAAAUAGUUGACAUUGAUGGAAUCUGGGAAGGUAUGUAUCAGAUCAGGGAAACAGGGACAGAGGGACAGAGGUGGGAUGUGUGGUCAUGAAUAGACUGGAGUCCAAAGGCUGGAUUAAAGAUAGAGACAGGGGAGGGAUUGCACAGUUACUUCAAUCAGUUGCUGACUGCUAGACCAGCCUAUAAGGAAGAGCUUUAUAAUGUCUGUUUCCUCUUGAUUGCAACUGCAAGAUUCAGUGAUGGUCACCUACUUGAAUGUCUUUAAAAGAGAAUUCAUGGAAGAUAAAGCUAUCAAUGGUUAUUAGCCAUGGUGGCAGUGCUAUACAUCCACUGUCAGAGGAAUAUCAGUGGCUGGGAAUUACAAGUGGGGAGAGCACUAUUGUACCCAGGUGCUGCUUGCAGGCUUCCCUCUGACAUCUGGUUGGCCUCCAUGAGAAUAGGAUGCUGCCUUUGGCCUAAUCCUACAGGGCUCUUCUUAUGAUCUUAUGAUUGCUUUGCAUGGUGAGUUGACCAGCUUUAGGCUGUUGUAGGGCAGGCAUGUCCAGAGUCUGUUUCGGGGGCCUAAUCCGGCUGGCCGGUUUAAUCUAGCCCCUGUGGCAGUUUAUUUCCUAACAUAAAAUCCUAAAAAAACCCUCAACAACUUCAAUCCUAAAAGAAGCUCAACAACUCCAACCCUUAAAGGUGCUCAACAGCUUCAAUCCUAAAAAAGGUCAACAACUUUGUGUUGGUUUCUGCUUUCCUUCACUGUGCAGCUCUGCUUGUCAUGAGACAGGUGUUUACAUUCCACAGUCUGUGCUGUUGGAGUUUCUCACGGGAAAGGGAGACUGGAUGUGACGUACACUGGUUUCCUGUUUUUUCUCUGUGAUUCUCUCCGAGCUGAGAGAGGAGAGAGGAUGCAUUUUUCUGCUCCUGCAGAGGCAAGAUGUCUUUCUGUAAUAUACCAGCUUUGAACUGUAAAUAAAGCUAUAUGGAGUAUGCAGCACAUUUUCUUCAUCCUUCCGCUGGGCACGAGGCUCUGCUUUAAAUCAACACGUGGUUAUGGACUCCAGAGGUCGAAUCGGACUGCCGGCAGAGGAUCGGAAUGCAGAGGAACGGAUCGGAAAGGAAUCUGCUCUGCGCGUAGAAGUGAUUGAUGAGGUAUGUGCUACUGCUCCGGGCAGCCUGCCAGCUUCAAGUUAAUGGCUUUAUGGCUGGACUUUGAACUUUUAAAGCCGGUUUUGCUGGGAAUAGGCAAAAGGCUCCCAGGCACAAGUCAUUAUGCUGGGGAAAUCGAAAGUAACUUUUAAGUGUGCUUUUGGAUAAGGCAGCUGCAGCAGUGACGCAGCAAGAUUUAAAGCAGCAUAUGACGCUGAAGACUAAUGCCAGAGUCAUGAUGGCCCUUCAGGAUGCUUGUGGGAUUCCUAAGCUCAACAAGAAAAAUUACAGCGACUGGGUUCAGUAUGCAGAGGCAAUUCUGCGGAAAGAGGGUUUGUUUGAGGUGAUUACAGGAACCCCCAGUUCCAGUUACAGAUGCAUGGGAAGCUAAGGAUUCCAAAGCAAGGGAACUCUUACAUUGAUAGUAUCCCCAGAAGAGCUCUGUCUAUUGCGUGAUAAGACCUCAGCCAGAGAAAUUUGGGACGCUCUGAGAGAGGCUCACUUAAGGACAGAAGCUGGAUCCACAAUGUUUUAUUUUAACAAGCUGCAUAAUAUGGCUCUUGCUGAAGGUGGAGAUGUGCGUUUACAUCUGAUUGAGAUGCAAAAUCUGAGACAUGAGCUGCAACAGAGAGGACUCAACUUUCCAGAGGCUGUGUAUUCUUUCAUGAUACUACAAUCUUUGGGUUCAGGUUGGGAGUCUGUUGCAACCCAGAUUGCUGUGCAACCAACUGCUCAGCUGACAGUGGACUUUGUUACUGCCGUGAUUUUAAAUGAAGCAGAUCGCCGGGUGCUGGCUGCAUGGGCAAGGGGAGUCUUCACAGACGUCAUCCCAUAGUGCAGUGGAACCACCAGAUGGCGCCAAAGCUUUGAAGGCAGUAAAAUGCUACUCGUGUGGACGUCUAGGCCAUAUGAAGAGGGAAUGCAGACAUCCCAGGGCCAAGACAGAGCAGCGCAGCGAAGCUCAUCGCGCGGAAAAGGCCGAGGCAAAGGCAAAGGUCCGGUGUCUAGGACAACGCAGCACAAGGCUAUGGUUUCACGCUUCACUCCAAAGGUUGCAGAGGUCCAGAAGACGUCUAGAUCUUUCUUCGUUGUUGAUUCAGCGGCGACCCACCACAUGUGUAACGAUAAGAAACUGUUUGUGUCUUUUACACCGCAGGAAGGUGCGAUUCACCAGGCGGAUGACCACACUAUUCCCAGUAAAGGCUACGGAACUGUUGUUCUUCACAGUUUGGACUUAUCGAUACAGAAUGUGCUUUACGUGCCAGACGCCAAACAUAAUCUGCUCAGCGUUGGACAGCUGAAUGAGCGGAACAUUGACGUUUCCUUCAAGAACAAGAAGUGCAUCAUCACAAAGAAAAAUGAUUAUGUAUUGCAUGCAGAAUAUGUUGAUCAUUUGUUUGUUUUGUAUUAUGAUGAUGUGGUGCAGGAUGACACUUGUUGCAUUGCAGGUUCUAACAAAAGUUUGCAUGCAGAAUGUAUUCACGAUUUUCAUCGAAAAUUUGCUCAUUUGCAUUUUGAGGCAGUAUCUAAAAUGCCUGCCUUGGUUGAAGGUAUGACUAUUAAACCCUGCAGGUACCACAUGAAGUGCAAAGCAUGCGCAGCAAACAAGGUGAAAAUGGCUGCGAAAGGUAAGGUGUCUAGUAGGAAAGCUACAGAACCAUACCAGGUUGUUCAUGCUGAUUUGGUUGGACCACUUGCGCCCUCUUUGGGUGGAAAUAGAUACUUCAUGGUUCUCAUUGAUGCAUUUUCUAGAUAUAUUUUUGUGUACAAUCUCAAGCAGAAAUCGGAGGCUUUUCCUAGGUUCAAGGAAUUCUGUGCUUGGUUGGAAAAUGUGCAUGGUAAGAAGAUAAAGACUCUUUUCAGUGAUCGCGGGGAAUUCACUUCUCAGCAGUUUGAAGCUUUUCUGACUGAGAAAGGAAUUCAACACGAUUUGUCUAGUCCUCGCUCGCCAUGGCAGAAUGGACUUGCGGAACAGGCAAAUCAGACAUUGCUUCAAGGAUUAAAAACCUUGCUGCAUGAUGCCAAUCUUCCAGAGAGUUAUUGGGCCGAAUCUCUCUCGUGUUUUGUUUACAGUUACAAUCGCAGGCUAUCUUCAGCGAUUGGUUGUACCCCCUAUGAGAAGAUGUUUGGCACGAAGCCAUACAUCAAACACAUGAAGAGUGUUGGUUCUGACAUGUGGGUUCACUCACCACAAAACUCCAAGUUAGACAAGCGUGGAUUGCAUGGUAUCUUUCUAGGUUAUCAGAAAGGGUCUUACAGAAUAAUGAUGACUGACUCCAAGACAAUUAAGCUCACGAGAAGUGUUGAGUACAAUGCAAAGUGGGGGGGAGAAUGUGGGAAUUUUCCAAUGUUAUCCUGAUGACGGUGAUGAGACUGAGGAUAGUCAAAAGCAACCACAACAGCCCACACCCACUGAUGAAGGUUCUGAGUCUGAUUCUGAAACUGAAUCGGGUGAUUCAGAGGAUUUCAAGAGUGCGAAAGCCUCUAUGCGACCCUCUGAAAGCUCUGAUCAAGAAUUGGAGGAACCAUUGUUCACAAUAGGUCGUUUUCUCCUAAGAAGGAAGAGGAGAGUGUUGAAGACUUAAGGCUAAUUCGUAGGUCACAGAGAGCCACAAAAGGCAAACCUCCAAAGAGAUUUGCUGAUGAGUUUGCUAAGAUAGCAGUAACAGCUGUUAAAAGCUCCAAGAAGGUAUUUGAACCUUCAAGUUUCCAAGAAAUCCAGGGUUUGGAUUCAAAGGAAGCUGAGCCAUGGUUAAAUGCCAUGAAGGCUGAGCUUGAUUCCUUAGAAAGGAACAAAACAUGGGAACUAGUUCCAGUAGUUCCAGGAAUGAAACUGCUUGGAAGCAAAUGGGUCUUCAAAGCGAAGACAGAUCAAAAUGGCAAGAUAGUCAGACACAAAGCCAGAUUGGUAGCCAGAGGUUUUGCACAGGUACCAGGUGAAGACUAUCACGAGACCUAUUCACCCACAGUGAGAUAUGAAAGCAUUAGGCUUAUGCUUAAGCUAGCUGCAGAGGAAAAUCUACACAUUAGUCACCAUGAUAUUAAUACAGCUUUUCUGUACGGAUCUCUAGAUGAAUCACUUUAUAUGCUUCCACCUGAUGGCGUACAGGUUAAACAGGGAUUUGUUUGUGCUCUGAAGAAAUCCCUUUAUGGUCUCAAACAAAGUGCACGGUGUUGGCACACAAAACUCACUGAAGUAUUGUUUUCUCUAGGUUUUCAGCAAGGGAAAGCUGAUCCAUGUGUAUUUGUCAAAGAGGAGGGGCAAAAGAAACUGUACUGUUUAUUUUAUGUUGAUGAUUUAUUAUUCUUUUGGAAAGAUGUCGCAAUGUACAAUAACGCCCUAGCUCAACUGAAAGAGCACUUUGACAUGAAAGAUCUUGGUGAGGUAAACAACUACCUAUCUCUGGAAAUAGAGAGAGAUCAAGAUGGUAACAUUCUAGUACACCAGUCACGGAAAAUUGCUGAUGUGUUAAGCAAACUAAAUCUGAUGGAUGCUAACCCUGUAGACACACCGAUGACAACAGGUUAUCAGGUAGAUGACACUGAAGAAGCAUUUUCUGACACUACACUGUACAGGAGUGUGCUAGGCAAGCUAAACUUCAUUGCCAGAUGUUCAAGACCAGACAUUGCUGUUAGCUGUAAUUUGCUAAGCAGACAAGUCAACAAUCCUAGUGUCAAGGAUUGGAAAGCUCUGAAACGCAUAGCGCGGUAUUUGAAAGGCACUAUGCAUUACAGACUGAGAUUUAACAAUCAGAAGUCUGGUGGUCUUGAAAUAUUUGCAGAUGCAAGUUUUGGAAGUGACGCUACAGACAGGAAGAGUACGUCUGGAGUUUGCUACAUGUACAAUCAGAGUCUGGUGAUUGGUCAUGCAAGAAGCAAACAACAGUUAGCUUAAGUACUUGUGAAGCCGAACUGAAUGCACUGUCUUAUUCACUUAAGGAUUGUGAAUGGUUAGUACAAUUGUGCAAAGAUAUGAAAAUUCCUGUCAAAUGUCCAAUCCAGGUUUACCAGGACAACAAAGCAUGUUUGACUUUGCUGAAGUCUGAAGGUUGUAAGCAAAGCACAAAGCACUUGCAAUUAAAGUUGCAGCAUGCUAGGGAAUGUAUUCAGAAGGGACUCGUAACGGUGUCCUAUAUGCCAGGUAAUGAAAUUCCUGCUGAUGUAUUGUCCAAGAUUGUAUCAAGGGAUCAACACUGUACCUAUGUGCAGAAGUUGGGUUUGUACUGAUAUUGUGCAAACACGCUGCCCAGUGAUGUUCACAGAAAGGGGGAGGAUGUUGGUUUCUGCUUUCCUUCACUGUGCAGCUCUGCUUGUCAUGAGACAGGUGUUUACAUUCCACAGUCUGUGCUGUUGGAGUUUCUCACGGGAAAGGGAGACUGGAUGUGACGUACACUGGUUUCCUGUUUUUUCUCUGUGAUUCUCUCCGAGCUGAGAGAGGAGAGAGGAUGCAUUUUUCUGCUCCUGCAGAGGCAAGAUGUCUUUCUGUAAUAUACCAGCUUUGAACUGUAAAUAAAGCUAUAUGGAGUAUGCAGCACAUUUUCUUCAUCCUUCCGCUGGGCACGAGGCUCUGCUUUAAAUCAACACUUUGGUCGGCCCUUUGGUCGGCCCUCACCGCCCUUCAUUUCAUCAAAUCUGGCCCUCUUCGAAAAAAGUUUGGAUACCACUGCUGUAGGGUCAGCUGACAGCACUAAGACCAGCACUGCAGCCUCUAGGGGUGCCCUCUAUCUGAUUGGCUGACUAAGCUCCAGAGCACUGGUGCUACAGAAGGUUUGGCACCAAAGACUGUCUCGAGGUUACAGUUCAAUACCUUCUUUAGUUUUUUAUGUUAUGCCACCAAAAUACUUACAACAGUAGAUUCAUUUAGCCUUUUAAAUACCACUGACUUCCAUGAGAGAAUAAAAUACAUACUCAAAUCUCUUCUGCUGAAAUUAAUAGGAAUUUAGUAUGCUUAAAUCUGUGUAGAUGAAUGGGUUGUUUCCAACACUGCUGUUAUGUUCAUGCAUCAGACUUUGACUUGUGUGGUGGAACCCUCAGCCCACUGUGCCCCCUAGAAAUCUGAUCCUGAGGAUUAAGGGGGCCCUUUGGAGCAGAUUUGGUGGGUGGGCAGAAGGAGAGGAAAGGAGACUUUUCAAUGUACUCUUGAUGCAGGAAACAUGUUGUAUUGGAGUGCACUGAAGCCAGAAUUAAUGGUAAUGUAUACACAGCCUGAUUUUUACUCAGAGCAGACCUAUUAAAAUGAAUGAACCUACGUUAGCCAUGUCUAUUAAUCUCAGUUGAUCAAUUCUGACUAGCAUUGGAUACAACCCAUACUGAAGAGAUAAGCAACUUUCCAAAAUAUAUAGUAGAUAGGAAGAUAAUUUGUGUACAUAUUUUGUGUACCUAUUUUGAUAAUUAGCAAAUAUGUAUAUAAGUACAUGUGUGAUUAUUUCUGAAUUUUUUGAAUUUACUAUUAAUUUUCAAUCUUUGAUAAUUUAAGAAAAUGAAAUAUAGUCCAGGGCUAGAAAUCAUGACAUACAGCAAUAAAAACAGUGUGUUUUCUUGUCAACCCCACAAAUCAAGACUGCAUUAUAGCAGCAUAGCAAGUGUUAAUGAAUCUUCCUUAGUAAAAUAUCCCAAACCUUGUCAUCCUUAUAUGUCCCCAAACCUCCUAUCUGAUUCAUUUAUGAAAAACUUGUUCCAUUACACUGAUUCAACAGGCAUAAAAACUGUCAAUAUGAUGGCAGAUAUAAAAAAGACACCUACUUAAUUAUAGUUCUGUUGCAUCCAAUAUUUUCCCUAAUUAGCAUACAGAAUAGAAACAAACAGGAAUUAAUUCAGUUGAGAAAAGCUGCCUAUGAAAGAAGUAAAUACCACUUAAACUAUUCCAAUGAUUUGAAGAUUGAGGACAGAACAUAAUUAAUCUCUCUUACUUAGUUUCUUGGCAGCAGUGCCAGACAAUGGUGUUAGCAUAUGAGGAAUGACCUUGAUAUUUGGGUAUGUUGCUGCAUUUGUGAUUAUUGCUUUUGGCAGUGAAAAUAAUCAAAUUCUAUCACGUCUUUUUCUAUUCAAAAUGGAAUUGAAAAGGAACAAGGGAUUUUACUAACAGAUACAAUGAGCUAGGGAUGAAGCAGAUCAGUUUUCCAUGCUUCCGAUUUCACACAUCACUCAAGGGGAAUUUUGAAUGUUAAGAAUGAGAUUUCACCCCUCAACAUUAAUUUUGGUCAUAGUACCCAAUGCUGUUUGUGCACUAUUAAUAAAGCACAGGCCACUCAGAAAGAUACAGGGACCAAUUGCAGGGUUAGAAUACUUUCCAGUGGCUUUUCCUAUGAGUGUCAAAGACUGAAGAACUGUUCAAUACCAAUUUUGUUACAAACACUGACUAUCAAAGUUAAAAAAAAUCAAGAAUCAAGGAUUAUAUUAGCAGCAGAUAUUGACUAUUUACAUACAGGAUAUGAAACCUGGGAUACUACUAGAAGUCAAAUCUCAGAUUUAAGAUUUAAACAUAAUGCUAAGCCAAACCAUGGCUAAGUAUAAAUGAAGAAGUGUGCUAGUGCAGUUUUUGAAAACUAUGGAUGCUUUGCAGUAGUUUUCAUGCUACUGGAACCUGAGCCAUGGUUGGGCUUAGUAUUAUGUCUGAACUUAGGCUCAUGGUUUAUCUUCCCCAAACGAACCACAAGCAGCAAGCUGAGAACAAACCUUAGAGGCAACUAACUGUUGCUGUUUUGCAGCAAAACAAACAUGAGCUAAAGUAACCCAGUGUGACCAAUCUUUUGACUCCCCUUAUCCCACCAAUGCUGAUGUAUUCUUAAUCUUACAAGGGAGUAUUUUGGAAUCUACCAUAGCUUGAAAUGUGGUUGUGAACAGUUAGAAAGAAUGUAGUUAAAUUCAGAAAGGGGGAUAAAAGUAGAAGCUGUGCACAUAGCCUUGGUCAAAGCACGUGAUACAAAGAAGAAUAAAAAAGUAAACUAUAGCACAUAACAGCAGUUUCUUUUACACAGGAACCCGUGACUUUGUGGCCUGUAACCACUUGCGAAGCUACAAGUAUUAUUCAGAUAGCAUUGUCUUCCCAGAUGGAUUUUUGGGUUACCCCUGCGCAGCAUACAACUUAUUUGAAACGGUAUGUUGUUUGUGUAUCUCAGGAACAACACCUCAUGUUAUUGCUUCUUCAUGCACAUGCAGUAGAAUGCAGUUUUCCAGUUUGCUAAGAUCCCUUAACACUAGGUUACGUGUGAAGAAAAAGACUGUUCAUGUGUAAUGCCAAACCAUGCUUCAGGAGUACAGGAACAAGACCCGUGCUCACGGGGUCUUCCUCCUCCUCCUCCUCCCCUCUCAUAUGCCAUUUAAUUUGCUUCAAAUCAUUGUUUGAAAUUACCAAAUAACAAAACUGGUUUUCAACUACCCUUCAUGCUGGGACUGCAAACCAGUUGCAAAUCAUGAGUUCCAUUCCUGGUUUGGAGGGCAAGUGCGAACCAUAGUUUGCCAGCUGGGAUGCAACGGUAAGUUGUAGUUUGUCACAAACCAGAAAGUAACCAAUUAAGCACAAUGAAUGAGAGGAGGAGGAAGCACAUGAAGUGGAGACUUAACCAUGUAAUGCCAAGCCAUGGGAACCAACUCACUCUGAGGCAGUUGUACCAGUACAACAGGUCAAGGUCCAUAAAAGAAUAAUUGGAAUCUUGGGAAUAGGUUACUGGACUAGUAGCAGAAUGAUGCAAGGCAGUCACAGUGAGAAUUGAAGACUGAUUAACAUUAAUUUCAUAUUACUAUUGAAAUAAAUAGUAGUAGUUCUGCAUAUAAGCUUUUGUGUGCAUGCACACUUCUUCAGUGUGCAUGCACACGAAAGCUUAUACCCAGAACUACUUAGUUGGUCUCCAAGGUGCUACUGGACAAUUUUAAAUUCUUUUUUAUUUAUUUCGACUGCAUCAGACCAACACAGCUACCUACCUGUAUCUAGAUUCAUAUUACUAUUGUCAUUGUUUUCUGAAUAGGAACUGUCAACUUCUUCAAAUGUAAAAGUGCUAAAAUAAACUCUAGGGUGCUAUUUUCCCAUGCAAAGGGAAAGACAUGUACAAUGUAACUUCUGUCAUCUUAAACUUAAAGGGUUAUCAACCAUGCAAACAUUCUUAUAAUGUAGACCACUGAGAACAACUUCAAGGGACACACACAAUUAGUGCUUGCAGAUUAGGUGCACUGUAGAAUGAAGGCUUAGUUAACAAAGGCUCUAUAAUGAUACUGCGUUUUGACUUUUAUAAUAGGUUUAAGGACAGCAGGCUGCCUUAAUUCUCUUCUAUGUACUAAUUUGCUUCUGAAAUGUCUUGAGAAUAUGGCAUGGGUCAGGUGUGGCAUUAGUGAGUGGGCCAGGAGGACUUUUGCACCAGCCCUGGGUGUCCUGCCUUUGCAAAACCUUUUAAAAAGCACCACUUUGCCUGCAGGACAACUUGGCACACUCCAUAGUGCAGAGCUUAAUUUGCCAAAGGGAAUCUGUACAUAAAAAAUAGCAUAUGCAAAUUUGUGUCAUGGGUCUGUGUCUUGGGUCCUUAAAGUACCUGGCAGUACCCUGGCACGUGACCUCCAAGUUGAUCUUUGAGCCACAACAAGAAGUCAAUUGUCCAGGGCAGGACAAUGAAAGAGGUGUUGAACAGUUAUUAGGUAUGGCUUCCCAACAGUGCAACAAGUGAGAGAAAUAAUUGUUGCAAUAUGAAUAAAAUGAGUUUUCCUGUUUUCACUAGGAUGGCUGCUUCCCAUGUCCAAAUGGUGGAUGCCCUAAAAUGGGUCACUAUGCAAUUGAAUCUAAAGGCAGAUUCACCUCUUCAGUUACAAAGCUUUAUCUGAACACUGGAGAUGCCAAGGAUUUUGCCCGUAAGUUCACUUUUGGAGUAAACUCUGAAGGCUGACCUUCAUCCUAUAUUGGCAGCUCAGAGAACUGUAUGAAACAAUAGUUUGUUACAAAGAUUACAGUUUGCUACAAAGAUUACAGUUUGCUCUAUUGGUCUGGAUUUCCAUCUUGUAUGUGGAGCAAAAAAGAUCCUAGAUAACAGGCAGCAUCUUUCCCAAAAGCCAAGACAACACUUCAGAUGCUGCUAAAUUGUGCCUGGACAGGUGUAGUGUUUCAGCAAGCAAGAGCCACACACAAAGCAAGCUUUUGUGCACAGAGAUCAGAAACAGAUGUACACCAAAUGUGCCAUAAUUCAGAGCACCUGUGUUCUGAUUCACAGUGGUCUAUCUAGCUCAGUAUUGUCUACACAGUCAGCAGCUCUCCAGGGAUUCAGUCAAGAGUUUUUUCCAGCUGUUCCCAGCUGAGAUUCCAGGGAUUGAAACUGGGACCUUCCGCAUGCAAAGCAGUUGCCCUUGCCAGGAACUAUAGCCUGGAGCCAUACUCUUUGCCUAGACAAAUAUUCAAUUAAUUCCACAACUUGAAGUGAAAGAGGAUAUUGCAUAAUAUAUUUGGUUUUGCAAAUGAUGUCUAAAGUUCCUCUGGUCUGAAUCCUUCACAUAAAAGUAAUAUCUGAUAUCAACACACAAAAUUAAGACAAAGUAAGAAGAGUUAAAUGUCAAGAAUCAUAGGAACUUGCCUGAUGAAAAUCAAAAUCUUGCUAUUUGUGUUGUUCAGGUUGGAGGUACAAAAUAUCAGUCACUCUGUCUGGAAGAAGCAGUGUCCGUGGAUACAUAAAUAUUGCCCUAUACGGAAGUGGAGGGAACACAAAGCAAUAUCAGAUUUUCAAGUAAGUACAGUGGGUAGAAAAUUAGAUUUUAAAAUAUGUGUUCCUACUUGACACCUGCUUUUCUGUUUCUCUUUUUCUACUUGUAAGGCACUCCAAGAUGAUUUGAUAUAUUUUUCUUUUCAUAUGGGGUGAACAGAAAUGCAAAUAAAGCUAAACAACAGAUUUAUAUUCCAUUACAAUACAUUCUAUUUCAUCUUCUAACAAUUUUCUAGCAACUGGAGUUUUCUACAUUAACCUCAAGGGCUCUUUUCUCUUUGGUUAUCCUACUUGUUUAAUGAAUUUAUGACCCACCUUUCUGCAAUAAAGCCUCUAAGGUAGUUAACAAAAAUGCAGAUACAAAUGAAAAAAUAAACACAAAUAACAGAGCAGCAAAAACCCAGUUUGCUUCUCAAGUGUGCUCUGCUCAGCUCUACUCUGCCAGGCUCUACCAGUGUGAGGUGCACCCUUCCAGUAUGAAAAGCCCUCUUAUGCCUGCCAAAAUGUGGGCUGGCAGAUGCAAGCAAAAGCCCCUGAAAGAAGACAUUUGUGGGGGCAGAAAGGGACAGAGCUGGGUUAGCCAAGGAUCCACUGGAUCCUAACUCAGUCAAGGUAUAGUAGCUGAGAAGCCUAAACCAGCCCUCCAACCUUUGUGCCAGGAAUUCGGAUUGCACACUAAAGGUUACAAAAUUUACUAAUUACUGACACUUUAGGGAUCAUAUAUAUCAAAUCAGGGUGUUUGUUUUCCUAAUCCACAUCAGUUUGAAUUACAGUAACUCUUUUCGGACAUUUUGCUGCCCAGUCACCCUGUUGUGGUGGUUUUCACAGUACAUUUGCAGUUUUAUCAACUCAAAUGAAAUAAUUUAAGAUGGGUGGGUCCAAAAGAGCACGGGGCUUAUGCACCUUUUUUUAAUAGUUGUGUAGAAGUCAUGCAGGGUACACCUGCUGAAAUUCCCACUUCAGCUCAGCUGUAAAGUUGCAGGAGUCCUGCCCUCUUUUACACUUUUCUGCCCCCAGUUUAACGUCAUGGGCAAAGUUGCACAUUUCCCUGUGAGUCCCUGGCUUGGAAUUAUUUAUAAUCAGUAUAAAACUUAAGUAUAGCUUUAUAAAACUUAAAUACAGUUCUUCAGGUGACUGAGGAAAGGGCGGAAUAAAUGACCCAGCUCCCUGCCACAGUUGGUUGCUUGGCAACAGCCAACAGUGACCCAUCCCUGACAAUGGCCCUCCAUGGCCUAGCCUCAAACCACUGCUGGUUAGCUGGCGACUCAAAUUUCUUGAAAAAGGUCAUCGAUGAUAUGGCCAGCCCAAUACAUUUUGCCCCUGAUGCAAAUGACAAGAACCCUCCCCAUGUCCAUAAGCCAACUGGUGUGGCAGUUGAAAUUUACCUCAGCUCUGGCAAUAGGACAGCCAUCCCCCACAGUAUCCAAGGGCAGCGGCCUAGUUAAAUGGAUUUGGGAGAGGCCAUGUGGCAGACCCAGUUCUGUCUUCCAACGGAGGAGAAUGACCCAGGGUUUCAGGAGAAACAGCCAGCCCUCCAGUGUCUGCCACCUGAGGCACUUGCCUCACUCUUUCUAGCAGAAACUGAUCAAUAAUGUCAGUUAACCAUUGCCAUGUGGGUGGUAGUUUCUCCCUUUGAUAUUUGUUUAUCAGAGUUUGCCUUUCUGUUUUCUUCACUGCCAGCUUCAUUCCCUUCUUUGUUAGGUCUCUCCCUUCAACUUUCGCACAACUUUUCUGUUUCCCCUCCUUAACCAAAAGCCCUUCCUUAAUUGACUCCUGUUUUAUUUUCUCACAGCUCGUUUUAUAAGGCGCCCAGGAGAAGGCAAUAUAUUACCCCCUACACACAGGGGGAAGCGGGGAGAGCAGAUUCUGCCACCCUGAGGCCAUUGCUUCACUCCUCCUAAUGAUAGAGCCGGCCCUGAGAACCCACCAACAAUUUUGGAUGCAAAAACUGAACCAUGGCUCAGUUUUGUGGAGCUCCCUCCCAAUUGAUAUCAGAAGGAUCCCCUUCCAGUUGAAAUUCCAGAAACUAAUGAGGCCCUUUUAAAAUUUUAUUUCAGCGGGCAUUUUAAGUCAGCUUUCUCAUUCCAUGGUUAGUUUUAAGUCAUUUUAUCUUUAUUGCAUCAUGUUAACCAUACUGCACAGCUCUUAAAGAUGAUGGUGCUAAGUGAUAUAUAAAUGGUUGAAAAGACAGAAAGAAAUUCCUAGCAACAAAACUAGAAAUGGGUCAGGGUUCUAAUUUAAAAUGAUAUCUAAUUUCGUGAUAUCAAGUUUAUUGACAUGGAUUUUUCUGGGCAUUUUAAUUUCGUUAACAAAAUGUAUAUACUGCUUGAUUGAAUGUCGAUUCUAAGCAAUUUACAAGAAAUAUUACAAUUAUCUAUAUAAACAGUUAAAGACAAGUAAUUAGAAACAUUUUUAAAACAAUUAAAAUCAGCAGUAAAUUAAAAAAGAAAUUAGAGCACACCAACAUUUAUGUGUCUGGAUAGGCUUAUCCAAGUGAAAAUGUUUUAAGCAGGUGCUGAAAGAAAUAAAACAACGGUGCCUAAUUGAUGUCAAUAGGCAGGGAGUUCCAAAGUUUCCAAUGCUGUGGAAUUUUGUUUGUUGAAUACUGUCCUGGUCUCAUAAAUUAUUUAGAACACAUACCACCCACACUUUUCCACAUUAGUCACUCUAUUUUCAAAUGUCAUCUGCGUCAAGAGGGAGAAAACGCCCCUCUGGUAUUUUCCGAAAUGUGAUUUUAAGCUUCCGCUUUUUGUUUGCUGUGACUGUCUGAGCUAAAAGCCCUGGUACAUUAUAGCUAUUCAAAAAUGUCACUUUCCAGCCUGCUAUUUAUUUAGUUUAGCCAGCAGCAACGUGUUUUAGUGCUGAAAAGUAGAUUUAAUAGCAGGGACAUUUUAAAUGAUUUCUACAAUAAAUCAUUUUAAUCUAACCCAAAUAUCACCUGUCUGUCAUGCAAUAUAAGGAUGGUGGAGGGGAAAGAAACUCUGGCACACAGUAGUAAACAAACCCACAUAUAUAUAGAGCACAUUUUUUGUAUCCCUUUCAUGCAUUUGGCCCUCAUUCUUCUCCAUCAUGGUCUAAGACAAUGCAUUAUCUACUGGGAUAAUAGCAUUCCUUUGGCAGGUUGCGCAACUCCCCAGGCAAUAAUGUAUAAUAAUCUUAUCCAAAUCACAUGAAGGACUGUAGGCUUUCUUAAAUGAGCCUAUGUUUAUCCAACUAUAUAUGCUGCCCAUGUCAUGUCUUCCAUGGAUGCAUAGAGUUGAGGGACCUUUUGAGAUCUACAUGGAUAAAGCUGUCAUAGUUUUUAGGAUCCUUGUUUUUUUCAAAGAGUCUUUGUGUUUACUGUUCCAUUCCAAUCUUCAAAUGCAGGUCAGGGGAGGGGCUGCCCCCUGAUCCCCUUCUCCUCUCCCCAUCUUGUAUAAUUUACACACUUUAAAGGUGCUAGUUGGCUGUGGUGAUUCUAACCAUGUGGAGAUGUGGUAGUGUUGCCUUCUCUUGAAAUAAACUUGCCUAGAAUCAAUGCGGGGCAUUGGAAUGCACCUCAGAGCAACACAUAUCAACCUAUAGAUCUCCAGACUUACCAUAUGUGCACACAAAAAUAUAUGGAUAAGAUACUUUCCUGUCAAUAAUUUUUCAUCAGACUAGGGUUUUUACCUUAGCCUUAGUCAGGUCUAGUCAGACUUGUUUACCUUACAGGUCAGCUCACGAUAUCUAUAAAGACCAGUCAAAUGAUUCACCUCAAGUAACAUUCAACAUUGAGAUUUGUAUAUACUGACCCAAAUGGACUAUCUGACUUUGUAUAAAGCAGUUAUGAGGCAUUUCAGAGUCUAUGGCCUUUUAAACUGGGGUGGGUGAUGUAUUGUUUUUGUUUGUUAUUGUGGUAAUUUUUGUGUUUUGUGGUAAACUGCUCUGUGAUCUUCAGGUGAAGGGUGGCAUAUAAAUAAAUAAAUUUAUAUUACAACAACAACAAUAAUUGCUGAGCGAGACCACUAGUGUAUUGAAAUGCAUCUGGGUCUUGGUAUAGUUGCUGGUCACAUGAUUUUUGGUUCUCAGCAUUCCUGCUGGCUACUUGUUAUCUUAUUACAUUUCUCCAUAUUUUUUGAAAGUUUAAAGUUGAAUUCUAUUCUUAUGUACAUAUUGCAAUAGUAAUCCUUGCAUCUUUUGCACAUACCCGAUUGUGUGCCUUGUGCCCUAUUUUUCACCUUACUGUGCUAGCUUAAGAGGUGGUUGUCCAUAAUCACUAAAUCCAGCUUCAUCAUCCUACUUGAGUAAUCCCAAUUUUUCAAAACAGUCGACGGAGGAUGGGAACCCUAGGGUUACCAUGUGGGCAAGAGCUGCAGACCACUCUUGCAGUAAACUCUUGCAUUCCUUCUUCUCACUUAGUGGUUGUCUGAAUUCACCCUUUCUGCAUUGCAAGUGAAAUUCUCAGGAGCUGAUGGAAAAGAAGCUAGGUCGAUGUGUUGGUAUCUUCAGAUGUGACAAUACCAAUGAGAUGUUCAAAUCUGAUUAUGUGUGUUACCUCUUACAGUGUUAGGUACUGAAUAGUACAUGGUGCACUUGUGAACACAACAUCCUAGAAACCACAGUGGCUGGACCAAUGGCCAACACAUCCUCUUGUGUCAAUUAACCUGACACAGCAUGAUCAGUCAAUAAUGAAGGAAAUCACUUACCUGUUUUUAUUUUUCAAGGGGAAUGUUGAAGCCUGGGACUAUACAUAUCAACUUCACCGACAUAGACGUCAAUAUUGGAGCAGUAGCUAAAGUUAAAUUCCUUUGGAACAAUGAUAUCAUAAACCCAACCUUUCCCAAAUUGGGAGCCUCAAAGAUUCAGGUGCAAGAUGGAGAAGAUGGACAUAUGUAUGUAUAAGUGUUUUUUAAAAAGAACCUAUUUGUGUAUAUGUAUCAUAUUUUUUCUCUCCAAGGGGGAAACUCCAACCUGAUGAAACUUAUACCCACCCAAUUGAUGUACAACUUAAUGUUGGAUCAGUUACUAAGGUUAAAUUUCUGUGGAACAACAAUAUCAUAAACCCAACUUUGCCCAAACUGGGAGCAGCAAAGAUUACAGUACAGGAUGGAGAAGAUGGGACAGUGUAUGUAUCCGUUUGCUGUUUUAUACAAAAAAGCACCAACCCAUAAAUAUUUAUUAAAGAUAUACAAUUAUCUUCAAAACAUACCAGAGGCCCAACACUGUUGCAGGAGAGUUUUGAGGAGAAAGAUGCUAAUCAGUAGCCUGUUUCUAGUAUAUUUUGAAUACUUUGCUGGACUGCAGUUCCCACCAAUCCUGACCUGCGUAGUAAAUGGUCAAGGAUGAUGGGAUUUGGAGUCCAGCAAUGUCUGGAAGGCCACAGGCUAGCCAUUCAUGCUACACAACCAGUGGUGUAGUGCUUAGCAUCGGAUUAGGACCUACCUGAGAAACCAGGGUUCAAAUCCCCGCUCCGCCAUGCUCACUGGGUGACCUUGGGCCAGUCAUAGUCUCACAUCUCUCUUAGCCUUGGCAUUGGUUGGGUACAUAUUUAAAAAUAGUAUUGGAAAGAGUGUGUAUGUUGUACAUAAUUUGACUCUUGUGGUUUUGAUUUAGCUAUUGUUAGGGUGUUGCAUUUAAAACUGAUAGUUGUGCAGGGCAGAUUUAUACAUUCUUACACAGAAACCCCUGUGUGUCCAAUGUGUCAUUUAAAAUUAAUUAAUUUAAUUUUAUAACAAUAAAUUAUAUGAACAGCAACCAUGUGACACAUAAAUAUAUUCUCAAGUAAGAAUCUUUAGGACCACCCCCUGCAUGUCUACUCAGAAAUAAGCUCCAUUAAGUUUAGCAAAGGUUGCUCCCAGAUAAGUAUCUUUAAGAAUGGACAUUUAAAUGUAAGUUUUUCAGUUAUCAUUAUUCAUUCAGCUAGGCAAUGUUAGCCGCUGAAGUGAAUUGCCUUAUGGCCCUUCCCUCUGGACUUUGUGGUCUUAUGGGCCUCCCUUGGUUAGAUUGUAUGGGGUCUAAUUUCACUUAGUUUAAAGCGCAAUCAGGCAGCCCUACUGUGUUUGGGAACCUUCCAAUUAUUUCUGCUGUGUGUGCCCCUAAAACCUUCCCUUAGUGCAGAUGUGGGAAAUUUUUGGUUCUCCAGAUGUUGUUGAACUACAGUUCCCAUCAGCCCCAGCAGCUAAUGACUAUUAAUGAUGAGAGUCGUGGUUCAGCAACCUCUGGAGGGCCAAUGGUUCCUAACACCUGCCUUAGUGCACUGCUAGGAAUUUUGUAAGAUGUUUGCAUGGACGUUGCAAAUAUGAUCAAAGUAUAAGAAUGAAUGAACAUGGGUAGUUCUUUGCAGGAAAUAAGUACUUUAGUAUUGGUCCCAGUGACAUAAGAAGGCCCUGGACAGGGAUACAAUGUGGUGAUGUAUAAUAUUCCUUUUGCAAAAAGCCUGGGCCUUAAAUCCCCACCCCCCAAAGAUUCUUUAAGUAACCUUUUAGAAUGUUCUUUAAAUAAACAGCAUUUUUCUAGCAUUAGAGAUAUUCAAUAGAUGAAGAUAAAAUCAACACAAUUAUAAAAAAUGCUGAUACAAAAUUAAAUAAAUGCACACUCUGUAUUUAUUACAUUUUCUGGGAGUGUAUGAUGCAAAAUUAAAUCAUCCUACUAAAAUGGACUUGCAAUAAAAAUGAAACAUUAACACUUUUAAACUAAUGAAUAUAUAUGUGUUUUUUAAUCCUCAGAUACAAUUUCUGUGGUAGUGACACAGUGAGAGAAGAUGUUCUGCAAACACUUACACCGUGCUGA